AUGGCUCCGAGCUGGGUUAUACCGGUUGCUUCCCUUAGUUGCAUCUGUGGUAUUGCAUUUAUAUUUGUUUGGUGGUGGUUUCCACGAAUGUGGAAAAAGGGUACACAUGAGGAGUUCGAGCUUGCUGCCAGAGAACGGGCAGAGCGUGAGCGAUACAUGCGACAAAGGAACCUCGAAGCAGGCAUCACUCCGGAAGAAAAAGAGGCCCCCACGACAUCAGCCCAAGAAAAAGAGACUGCUACUGUAUCAACACAAGAUAAAGAUGCGCCUCCCGCACCAACACAUCAAGCCCAGAUCCCUUCUGCACCAACGCCAGAAUAA